AUGAUUCUUGGUGUCGGCGACGGCACCUUCGCCAUUCUGUUCGUGACUGUUUUUGGAAUUAUCGUCGCGUCCGUGGGGGCCUACUUGCAGCCUCGCUGGGCGCUGCCCAUCGGCGUUGCCUGCCUUGCGCUGCCGUUUCUCGUGUACGGGUGCAUUAUCUCCGCCCCGCGCGAGCACCCGCCUUCCGUGUUGCCCGCGACGCCGUACAGCAGAGAGCGGCAGUUUUCGGUGAAUGCGGUUGUGGUGGAUCACUUCUUCCCCAUCCGUGUUGGGGCGAUGAUUCUGCUGCUGCUUGCGCUCCUGGCGGCGGCGGUGUACAACGUCAUGCUGGUCGUCCGGGAGCCGCCGUACAAGGCGCCAAAGGUGCGGUGCCUGCGGGAGCGGCUGGAGGAGCUGCACCCGACGUGGUACAGAUGA